AUGUCUCGGAAGCCGAAAUCUUCGACCCAGAGCGUUGCCUACCCGGACAAGCAGCAUGGCGACGAGACUGGCAUCAAGAAACAGGAAGAGAAGCGGCGUAAGGUUCUCAAGAAGCAAGAGAUGGCGGUUCGUGAAGGCGCCGAAGAAGAGGCGGUGCCAGACGUGGCCAGCAGCUUGCAUGAGCUGAAGCGGCAGAAGGGUGGCGAGGCUGGCUGGGACUUCUCCGAUGAGGAGCAGUUCUCAGAUGAUCAAGAGGAGCGUUUCGACUUCGAUGAUCAGCUGGAGAACACAGCCGCUCAAGCCGAGGAUCAAGGCAUGCCUGUGGGAGAAGAAGUGGCCGAAGCAGACGAUGAAGACCAGGAUGUGCAUCUGUCCAGUUUCGGCGAGGAGGUCGAGGUACUGCUCAAAGGUGGCGAUCCCCAGGAAGCACAUGACUCUCCUGCCCUGGCAGAGACUGAAGAUAUCGAGGCCCUUGGCUCUGAGGCGUCCUUCAUCCUGCUCAGCCGAACUUCCAGCGCCACACACUCGGUUGAGCUCACCGCAACCGGCCUUGCGCGUGUUCAUCAAGCCCAGCGCGAUCAGGAGAACAGACAUGAUGGGGUUCAAACCCCGAUGCUUCGUCGGCAGGACAUAAGGGACAUGAGUGUAGGGUCCAGAGGCACGAGCUAUGUGACAUCAGAACGUCAGCGUGUGCGGCAACGCUUUGAAGCCGCAGCCUUCACCCACCUGUCUCGCAGAGAUGUGAAUGGGACGCACACGGUAGAGGUUGAGGAUGGUGCGGUUGACACUGCCACAGAUGUGGUGAACGAGCUGUCAAGUGCAUCAACUCCAGAACCCACAGCAGACAUCACAGACUCCAAGACGGAACCGGAGCAUCCGGAGCAUCCGGAACCGGUGGAGUCCGAGGAGCCGGUGAAUCUGAGCAAAGGCAUUCUUGGCCAGGCUGGCCGGCCAGGUCUGGUCUUUGCCGGAAUGUACGGAAACGCAGGGUCGACCGGGCAAAGGGGAGCAACAGGCCCGGCGGGGCCAGUGGGGCCUUCCGGCCCAGCCGGCGCCUCCGUGGUUGGCCACGCCGGUCCUGCAGGAACUCCCGGCACUCCCGGCAGCAAAGGUAAGCUGGGCGCUCUAGGGGCCAAAGGUGCUCCGGGCCAUGCUGGGACACCCGGAGGGCCGCCACCAGAGCUUGACAAGUGGACCAAGCUCUUGGACUAUUACACCGAAAUCAUUUACCGAAUGGAAAGUGCAGCCUCCACUCACGUCCGAGGCUUCAAGCGAGAGGCUUCGAUGCUGCAACAGCGGACCGCGCUCUUCAAAGCACGUACCGACACCGUGAACAACCGAUCUGCCCAGCUUCACAGAUACAUGGUGGACAACUACAAGCGUAUGGUGAAAUCCGUGAGUUCAGCACGCGAAGUGGAUGGUUUUGUCGAAGGGAUGCCUUUGGCCACCUCAAUGUCUGCUUUGCAUGAAGCUCAACAGCUCUACCCGGCAUAUCUUGGCACCCAACGGGUUGCAACCGCCAUGCACGCAGCUGCCUUCCAGAGACAGCAGCAGCAGCAGCGUCAGCAUUUCCAGAACCAGAACUACCAGAACUACCAAUACUCAUCUCGGAAGCAUUCGAAGAGCGCCGCCACGUUAACACAUUGCAGCAGCCUCUACGUGGUCCUGGCAGCAAGAGUCAUGGCGUUGUUCUUUUGA